AGGCUGCAGCAACCUGAACGGCCGACUCUCCGAGUUUUGACGUUUCCUAUUGUUGCCGGAAGUGACGUCCGUAUUCGGGGGCGCUUCAAGAAGAAGUAUUUUUAUCCCCUCGAUCUACGAUUCGCCACAGAGUCCCGGUCUCUCACUUCGCAGUCCGAGCCCCUGUGAGCCUCAGAACCGGGCAGACUUCGAAUCUGCACCUUGGGAUCGGACUGGACGUAGGAAAGACUCUCGGCAGGGUCAGUCUUUCCAGGGCUCUGUACGAACGUGCUGUGGAAUCUGCAGCGGGGAAUCCAGGAGCUCAGGGGAGCCGGCAGCUUGGAAGGUCCUGCCGCGGUGCGUGGCGGGCUUCCACCCGCUGCUCAGAAUACAAACGGUCGGCGGGAGAAGCGCGUCCCGGCGUCGGCGUCGGGCCGCAGGGAGUCGUUGCUGGAGGCUGGGCUCCCGGGGCUCUGGGAUUGCACAUGCUACCACCUCCUCUGCCCGUUGUGCGGGGCUGGAGGCCUUUGGAGCCCGUUCUUUGCUCGGCCGCUGCUGGAUCCCAGCUGUACCUGUAUCUUACUCUUCUUCAAAAUAUUUAUUCUGCUGGUACUGAAGAGGAUGUGUUCCAGGGACAUACUUUGUUGUCAGAAAUUCCAUUACCAAAGUUUGGUAAAGGGAGACACAGCAGCCUCUCUGCCCAUCAUCAGCUAUUCCCUUACCUCAUAUUCACCUUAUGUAGCAGAACUUCUGGUGGACUCCAAUGUAGAGCUCAUAGCAAAGAAUGACUUACGCUUCAUAGAUACUGUCUACAAGCUUCUUCGUGAUCAAUUUAAUUAUAAACCAAUCUUGACGAAAAAGCAGUUUCUCCAAUGUGGAUUUGCAGAAUGGAAAAUCCAAAUUAUAUGUGAUAUUUUGAAUUGUGUGAUGAAAAAGCACAAGGAGUUGAGUGGUCUUGAGAAGGCUCCAUCACAACAAAGAAAAAAAAUCAGUUCUGCUAAGUCAGAACCUUGUUCAAGCGCUGAGAAGACAUCAACUGAACCUGUGGGCAUUGACGUCACUGGCAGGUUUAUGACUUCGGGAAAGAAGAAAGCUGUGGUGAUCCGGCACCUGUACAAUGAAGAUGGUCCUAACAUUCCUGAAGAUACAGUAACAGAUGUUAAUGAAGCAUUUGAUAUUUGUGACUUAAAGGCUGCUGAAAUAAAGAUUCCUGAAUUACAGGUUCCUGAAAUUAAGUGUGAGCGGCAAGAUACAGAAGUCAAUCCUGAGAUUAUUGCACUACAGACUAUGCUUGCUGAAUGCCAAGAAAAGCUGAAGAAACUGACUUGCAUAGAAAGUAGAUUAGAAUCUUUGGAAGAAAAAAUGAAAGGGAAAGUGAUGGUGAAUGAAAAAACCUGGGCUGAUCUUCUAAGUCGUGUCACUCUUCUUGAAACAGAAAUGCUUUUAUCUAAAAAGAAUGAUGAAUAUAUAGAGUUUAAUGAGAUGAGUGAAGACUGUGCUUCUAGUAGCGACAUGGAUAAUCUCAAUCCGGAUAGAAAAAGCAAAGAGGAAAGGCAAGCAAAUAUUCCUUUGUCCUCUGGUUAUAGUAUGGUAUCAUCCGAUUCAACUCCCAGAACCUCAACUAUUAAUUACUGUGGUUUGAAAGAGAUUUCUGAGGAAACAACAAUCCAGAAAAUGGAAAGGAUGAAAAAAAUGCAAGUAACAGAAAGGGGCAACAGAAAUUCAUUUCUCUAUAGGGAAUUGUGUUGGAUUACGAUAUAUAAAGAAUGUGCAUGUGUGUUUCAAACCUUGAAGGUCUCUCAAUCAGGUGUGGAAUUUCCUUCAAGACUCCAGUGGAUAAUAAAUCCACCUCCAGUUAUGUGUUUGUGAGAUAAGUCACUGUUUUUGUUUCCAACAAGUGAUGUAAAACAUUGUUAAUGGAAUUAAUUGGAGAUUAAAGAGUGCAGUGAUGGUUUUGGUUGAUAAUCAAGAAGUUAUCUAUUUUUGAUAACUACUUUAUCAAAAUAUUAAAUUGUGUAUGUAGAUGGAUGGUUUGGAGACAUUUUAAGUAUUGUGAAAGUAUUGCUAGUCCUUUUCAGAAAAUUGUUGGUAUGGUAGUACUAAAUAUGAUACUUUUAUCUAGUACAAAUAUGAAAUUACAUGAUUUUUUUUAAAGAACAGUUGAAAGAAAAUAUGAAAUGAAAUUGUGUAAGAUUAUCAUGCAGCCUACUACUUUAAAAGACUAUAAUUUUUUUUUUUUUUUUGGAAAUUGAGAUGUGCCAAAAUAACUUAUGCUUCAAGAAUUAAAGACACAUAAUUGACUCCAGUUGUUUUUCCUCCCCUUCUGGCCAUAGUAUACUUAUUAACAGUAACUACCUAUAAAUAAUCACUGAAAUUUAUUUAAGGCUCAAAAGCAUAACUGCAGCAACCUAAUUCCUAUGCCUCACUAUGAAUUUGUUAUUUACUUAAUAUAUUAUUUAUGUAUUAUAUUCCAGGUUUGAAGAAACUGCAGAGUUACUGAAAUGUCCAAAUCACUAAUUAUAGAAUUUUCUGCAUGAACCUCUCUAGGACUUUGGCUCCUGUACAUAGAGUUCUCUGUACAGUUUUAAUAUACUGUAAUAUUUUUAUUAGAAUUUGAAUUCCAUUUGGUAUAUUAGCUUUUUCAUUCAAUGUUGAAUAAAUACUUAAAUAUUUUUGUGCUGUGCUUA